AUGAAACAGUACUUUGCUGGCAAACAGCAUAAUGCUCGUUGUGACGGAUGUCGUAAACCGCUUGUAGGUGCUCGUUUCAAAUGUGACACAUGCUGUGAUUAUGAUCUAUGUGCAAAUUGUCUCGAUAUGCGAGUAGCUACUGGAAAGCAUGAGAAUACACAUCCCAUGAUUCUCACAAGUCCACAAAUUUUAAACAAGAUCAAUAUGAAUGAUUUUCGUUUGGGCGAUGCACUUGGCAAGGGUGCAUUUGGACAAGUGCACAAGGCUAUAUGGCUACCGAAAAACCGUGAAGUGGCGUGUAAAAUUACUACUAUCAACGGAGAAAAUCGACAAUUAGAAGAGUCAUUUCGACAGGAACUAGCCGCCUAUACCGAACUCGAGGGCGCCUAUAUUAUAAAACUGUUUGGCUAUGGCGAGCGACAACAGAACCUUGUAAGAGAAUUGUGUCUCAUUAUGGAAUUGAUGGGACGUGGCAGCCUUAAAAGUGUCAUCGAACAUUCAAACCAAGUUAUUUCACUCCGACGCAAACUCAACAUGGCAUGUCAUAUUGUAAGUGGUAUGCGUAAACUGCACCGUCACGGGUGGAUUCAUCGUGACAUUCGACCAGACAAUAUUCUUGUUUCAAGCAAUCUUUGGGCUAAAAUUGGCGACAUGGGUAUUUCUCGUGUAUUCAAUCCGGCAGAGAGGCAAACGCUUCUUGGUUGUGCUGCAUUUAUGCCACCCGAAUUUUACAGCGGUCAAUAUAAUCAAUCGCUCGAUGUGUUCACAUACGGUUUAACACUCAAUGAGCUGUUCACUGAAACAUUUCAUUGCUUUAAUCCACAGCAAAGACAAAUCAGGCUUGCAAGAAGAAGUCCUAUAUGUAGUGGACUCAUUGCACGAUGUACGAACCGUACACCGAGUUGUCGACCAACGGCAGUUGAACUCGAGAGUAUUCUCAACAAUUGCAAUCGAGUAGUAAACAAUCAUAUCACCAGCAACCAUCAUGACUAUGACAAUCUGUCGACACAAGCUAAAAAUGAUAUAAUGAUUAAAGUCUGUGCUGACCAUUUUGGACAGAGAAAUAUGCAAAUCAAUCCACCAAGUGCACCACCACCACCACUUCGCAAUCAGAAUGCAUUGGCUGAGAAAUUUCACAUCGACAUGAUGCGGCAAUUUGACGGUUUCUGCCAAGCGCAAGCACAUCAUUCGAGAGCCAUCCAACCUCCAGAAUUUGAAGAACUACUGAAGUUUUGUCGACAAAAGCCUGAUGAUGAUAUGGAUAAUGCAGAAUCGGAAUUAGAUGAGGAGGACAACGAAAAUUAG